AUGGACUCUCUCAUUGCUGCAAACACCAAAUUUUGCUUUGAUCUUUUCCAAAAGAUCAGCAAAGAUGAUUAUCAUAAGAACAUCUUCUUCUGUCCACUGAGCAUCUCAGCUGCCCUUGGCAUGGUCCGCCUGGGGGCCAGAAGUGACAGCGCCCGGCAGAUCGACCAGGUACUACACUUCAAUGAGUUUUCCCAGAAUGAGACCAAAGAACCUGAUCCCUGUCUGAAAAGCAAAAAACGAGAAGGGCAUGUCGACAACUCUCUGGAAGGGCAGAAAAAAGAAACGACAGGAUCUCUGACUCUGGAGGCUGAGUCUUCAAACGACGAGAGUGGGCUGCUCAGCUGCUACUUCGGGCAGCUUCUCUCCAGAUUAGACAGGAUCAGAGUUGAUUACACCCUGAGCAUUGCCAACCGGCUUUAUGGAGAGCAGGAAUUCCCAAUCUGUCCGGAAUACUUAAAUGGUGUGAUUCAGUUUUACCAUACAACGAUUGAAAGUGUUGAUUUCCGGAAAGACACUGAAAAAUCCAGACAAGAGAUUAACUUCUGGGUUGAAUGUCAGUCCCAAGGUAAAAUCAAGGAACUCUUCAGCAAGGACACUCUCAACAACGCAACGGUGCUGGUGUUGGUGAAUGCUGUUUACUUCAAGGCCAAGUGGGACAAAUACUUUGACUGUGAAAACACGGUGGAUGCUCUUUUCUCUCUGAAUGAGAACGAGAAGAAGAGUGUAAAGAUGAUGAAUCAAAAAGGUCUAUUUAGAAUCGGCUUCGUAGAGGAGCUGAAGGCGCAGAUCCUUGAACUGAGGUACACCAAGGGCAAGCUCAGCAUGCUGGUCCUGCUGCCGUCUCCCUCAGAGGACAACCUGAAGGGCUUGGAAGAGCUUGAAAGGAAUAUCACCUAUGAAAAAAUCAUGGCCUGGAGCAGCUCAGAAAAUAUGUCAGAAGAAACAGUAGCCGUCUCCUUCCCCCAGUUCACGCUGGAAGACAGCUAUGAUCUCAAUCCUGUCCUCCAGGACAUGGGCAUCACAGACGUCUUUGAUGAAACGAAGGCUGACCUUACUGGAAUCUCUCCAAGUCCCAAUUUGUACCUGUCAAAGGUUGUCCAUAAAACCUUUGUGGAGGUGGAUGAAAACGGCACCCAGGCAGUGGCAGCCAGUGGGGUUGUUGGCAUGGAAAAGUCCUUAGUGUCCUGGGAGACAUUUAAUGCUGAUCGCCCUUUCCUCUUUUUCAUCAGACACAACAAAACCCAGACCAUUCUCUUCUAUGGCAGGGUUUGCAGUCCUUGA